AUGGAUGAACAAGCAUGUCCAAGGUGUAAGACAACAAAAUAUAGGAAUCCUUCCUUAAAACUUAUGGUUAAUGUUUGCGGCCAUACACUUUGCGAGAGUUGCGUAGAUUUAUUAUUUUUAAAAGGUUCUGGAUCUUGCCCUGAGUGCCGAAUACCUUUAAGAAGAAAUAAUUUUCGUGUACAACUUUUUGAUGAUCCAACAAUUGAGAAAGAUAUAAAUAUCCGAAAACGUAUCCUUCGAGAUUAUAAUAAAAAAGAAGAAGAUUUCAAUUCCUUAGAAGAAUACAAUAAUUAUUUGGAAGAAAUUGAAGAAAUUAUUUAUAAUUUAUGUAACGAUAUCGAUAUUGUUAAUACAAAUAAACGUAUUGAACAGUAUAAAAAAGAAAAUCGUGAAGUAAUUUUGAGAAACAAAUCCAAAUUAUCAAAAACAGAAUAUGAAUUAGAAGAAUUAUUAGACAUAGAAAAACAAGUAGAAGAAAGUAGACGUCAAGAAUUAAAAGAAAUUGAAGUGGAAUUAAAAAAGAAAAAACAGAGAGAAAAAGAAGCAUUAAUUGAUGAAUUAAUGUUUAGUUAUGAAGAUGCUUCAAAAAUAAUAAAUAAUUUUGCAGAGCAAGCUGAAAAAAUACGUGAAGAAGAAAAGAAGGUACCAGAAGUAAAAAAACCCACACAAUUUUCCACUGGAAUUCAAUUUACUAGGACAGAUGGACAGGGAUUUUUAUCUGUUCCAAAAGAAGAAGAAGGUCUAAUAUAUGUUUAUAAACCAUUGAAAUUUGAUAAUUAUGGACCAACACCACCUGCUCAAUCUGAAAUCGAAAGGAAUGGAUUCAUUAAACAUAUUAGAGCUGAGACACCAGUAGAAAGAGCUGGUGGCUAUAAAUCAAUAAUUUCAUGUCAACGUGUAUUACAAGAAGCUAUGCAAGGAUUAUUUUUUGGAAGUUAAUAGUUAAAUGUUUUUUUUAUAUUUUCCGUUUUGAUCAUAAUUUUUUUUUUAACUUAAUUGCGAUUCAUAUUGAUGUUUUUUAGUUGAAUUAGAAAUAGAUGGAUUUUUUUGUUUGCUGCUUAUUUUGUGUUUUUAAUAAUGAAUCAAAAUUAGUGACAAUAUACCUACCUAUAGUAAGAUAACUUCCAUCUGUUAGAACAUCGUGUAAAUGGAAUAGAUCCUGUAUUUUUGCCUGUAAAUUUCUUUUUAUAAAUAAUGUUAACAUACAGAAAUUUUGAACGAAAUAAACACCAAAAUUUUUUUUUAGUAUAACUUUUUUUUUUAUUUUAAUUUUACAAAUUUUUCAGUUGGGGGAAUAAUAAUUUUCAAUUAAUAUGUAUUAUAAAUGUUUUCAUUUUUUUUAUUUAAUUUUUGUUAUGACUUACAAAAAAUUGUUUUAAGAUUUUCCCUAUACAUAUUGUAUAUAAUAUAGUAUUUCAAACGUUCACAUACAAAAUUUAUCAAUUACACAAAAAUAAAACUUAAUUUCAUUGUUUCUUUUCUUAAAUUUUUUCUUUUCAUUGCACUUGAAUAAUUUUUAUUUAAAUAUUUAUCAAAUGCUCUUAUAUAAGUUAUAAAUUCAUAAUAGGGUAUAAAUAUUUAAUAUAAUAUUGUUUAAUUUGAUUAUUUUCAAUUUAUUAUUACAAUUUUAAAUGACAAAGAUAAAAUAGAUUAAAAAGAAAAGAAAUUGAGCCAAAAAAACAAAGUUUUGCUUUAUAGUAAUAAUGUUAUUAAGUUUUUUUUCUUUUUUGCAUUUUUAUUUUUAAAAAUUUAAAAAGUUUAGCACCUUUAAGUCAUGUGGGAUAUAAAACCUUAGUUUUCUUUUUUUUUUUGCAUUUUUUUUAGAAUUAAAAUUUAGUUUUUUAAAUUUCAAAAAAUUUUCAUUAUUAUAAUAAUUUUAAGCUGCCUUAAAAUAUUCAAAUAUAUGUAUAAGCGCUAUUAUAGGAUAUUGUCCUGCAACAAAAUACAAUAUUGUAAAUGUAACAUUUUUAAAUAUUAAAAUGGGUAAAAAUCAUAAUUUUAUAUUUAAUUUAUUUUGAAUUCCAUAAAAAAUUAAUAUUAUAUGCAACUAUUUAAAUUGUAUUAAAAUUGUGUUAUUAAAUUAUAUAAGGAUGUUUUUUUUUUAUUUUUUUAUCGCAAGGUAUUUAAAGCAAAAAGAUAAAAUUAACAUAAAAAUUUCCUUACAAAUUUUUUUAUAUUUUGCAAUUAGAAUUUAAAUAUAAUUAAUUAAAUAUUUAAUAUUGUGGAAAAUAUAUUAUAAUCUUAAAAUAUAUUUAAUAUUAAAUUUUUUAUUUAUUUUGUUUUCAAUUUGUGAUUACGCCUAAUCAAUUCAUAUGUGCUUCAAAAAAAGUAAGUUUUGAUAUCACCUAUAUUCUCUUAGAUGGACCACUUGAAAUGAUGGAAUAUUAUUCAAAUUAAUUUUGUAAUUUACAGAAUAAAAUCAAUUUCAAUAUUUGAAAUUUCAUAGUGAAGACCUUGAUAACUUUGUAUGAUAAUCCAUCAAUUCAAGUAGUGCAUCUAAGAGCAUAGAAGUGGAUAAAAUAUCCAGUUCCCGCACAAUAUAAAUUGAUUUAUUCAUAAUUAACCAAAUUUUCAAUCAAUUGGUGUUUUAUUUUUUUUUGUGUGUUUUUUUUUUUCAACUGUAAGUCAUAAACAAAUUUCAAUCAUAAUAUACAUAAAUUUUAAAUAGAUAUAUAUAUAUAUAUAUAUAUAUGUAUUUUUGUUGAUAUUUUCAAAGAAUUAAAUUCUUUUUAUUAAUUUACUUCAUUUAUAUUUUAAUUUAUUACAUAAUUUGUGUGUGUAUUAUUAUUUAUAAUUAUUUUUUUUUUUGCUUUCUAUUAUGAGUUUUUAAAUAAUUUUUUUUUUCUGUUUUUUAAUCAAAUACAAUAAAUAAAUAAUAAAAAUAGAAUCUCUAUAUAGGGUUUUUUAUUUAUUUUAAGCUAUUCAUUU